GAACUAAUAAAAUCCCGACAAAGAUCUUUCCUUUUUUCUCUUCUGGUUCUCUGAAGGGAUCUCAGCAUCUCAGAUGCGGUAGAGAAUCUUUUCUCAAUUACAAGAACAAAAAGGGACUCUAUUGACUUAAAGCCAUGGCUGCUGACACAACAUCCUUAAGUUACUGGCUGAAUUGGAGGGUCUUCCUCUGUGCAUUAAUCCUCUUAGCUCCAUUAGUGUUAGCAGCGUUUCUCAUAAGGAGAUACGAAGGCAAAAGAAGAGAAGGAGAAUCUCCAGGGACAUUGUACAAAGACGAAGCUUGGACCACGUGUCUUAAAACAGUCCACCCUCGUUGGUUGCUUGCCUUUAGAGUAUUCUCAUUUGUUGCAAUGCUGUCUCUACUCAUUGCUGAUGUUGUUCGCAUUAGAGGCGGCGUGUUUUACUUCUAUACUCAGUGGACGUUUACUCUUGUCACACUCUACUUUGGGUAUGGUUCGUUGUUAUCUAUUUACGGAUGCUACAUCUACAAUAAAGAAGGUGGUGAGAGUUAUACUUAUACAAGUAUAGGUGAUGCGGAACAAGGAACUUAUACACCACCUAUCAUCUUUGAAGAGGCAGUGAAUACCGCGAAACCUUGUGGUAAUACACAUUCAGAAGCACCUUUGCGUGAAGCAGCUGGUUUUUGGGUUUACAUCUUUCAAGUUCUGUUCCAAACUUGUGCAGGUGCUGUUGUGCUAACAGAUAUCGUGUUUUGGGGAUUAAUCUACCCGUUUACUAAAGGUUACAGACUGACUUUUCUCCGUGUUUGUAUGCAUUCUCUCAACGCAGUUUUUCUCCUCGGUGACACAUGUCUCAACUCUUUGCGAUUCCCAUUGUUCCGUAUCUCUUACUUUGCAUUUUGGAGCUGCAUUUUCGUGGCUUACCAAUGGAUUAUUCAUGCUUUCAGCAACUUAUGGUGGCCAUACCAAUUUCUUGAUCUGUCGUCGCCGUAUGCACCCUUGUGGUACUUGGGAGUGGCAUUGGUGCAUAUACCAUGCUUCGCCGUCUUUGCUUCGAUCAUAAAGCUGAAGAAUUCUUUGCUCGAGCGUCACAGCUCGUGA